ACGCCAAUCCACCAUAUCUAUCUGCAGCUUCUGCCCCGCUCGCUCUUUGUGACUUUUGCCCCUUCGCUGCUGCAAUUCGCCCCUUUGCUUGCGCAAUUGGGCCUGUUUGGGCCUUUCCGCCAUCUCCACCACCACAACACCAUCAUGUCUGACGCGCCACUUCCCUCGUCCUUCGACGGCAAUGAGGACUUCUACUCCGAGAACCGCUGGCAAAAGCUCACGCGCCGGCUGAAGGAAGAGCCCUUGAUCCCGCUGGGCUGUUUCCUCACAUGCUGGGCGCUGUUCGGCGCGACGCGCUCGAUGCGCACAGGCGACUCGCAAAAGACGAACCGCAUGUUCCGGCGCCGUAUUUACGCCCAGGGCUUCACCAUCAUUUCCAUGUACGUCGGUUCCAUGUACUGGAAGGAGGACCGCGAGAAGCGCAAGGAGUAUGAGAACCUGAGCGAGGAGAAGAAGCGCUUGGAGAAGCGCGACGCGUGGAUACGCGAGCUGGAGGCCAGAGAUGAGGAGGAUAAGGCCAUGAGGGCCAAGAUGGAGAAGCUCAAGCAGAGGAAGAAGGAAAGUGAGGCUGCUGCUGCUGCGGCUGCGUCGAAAGAGGCUUCAGAAACGAGGAGUGCAUUGGAGGGUUCCGAAGAGAGGGGACUGGGCGUUAUGGAAGCUGUCAGAGCGCUGCUCGCAAACCGGAAAUAAAUUGCGGACAUGGAUUGAGAUCAAAAAACAGGACCACUAGGGGACUAUCGCUUUGGUGUACAAACCGUUUGACAGUUACAUAAAUUCGGUACUCGGCGUAUGGGGUGGGAUAGGAAGGACUUCACUCUGUCAUUGUUGUAAGUCCCAGGCAUUUCGGGGGCCUUGAGUGCACUGUGAUGAAUGAAAAAAAGAUGGAUCAGUUUGGCUCAUGGUCUCGAGUUGUUUUACCAUCGUUUACAAAGUGAGCCUUUCCAACUUAUUCUCAAUGGAAAGUUAAUCGUCGUCAAGGGACUACAAUGUUAAAAUGCUAAUUGGAG